AAUGCGCAGCUUCACGCAGCUAUCUCGGUUGCUGCGGUUGCCUCCGCCGUAGCAGCCAUUGCGGCCGCCACCGCAGCUUCUUCUUCGUCCCCCACCUCGGGCAAAAACGAACAGUCUGCGAAGACCGACAUGGCCGUCGCAUCAGCUGCAACAUUAGUAGCCGCGCAAUGCGUGGAGGCCGCAGAAGCUAUGGGAGCUGAACGUUGUCAUCUUGCUUCGGCCGUGAGCUCCGCCGUUAACGUUCGUUCCCACGAUGAUAUUGCCACACUCACCGCCGCUGCAGCUACAGCUUUACGUGGGGCAGCGACUUUAAAGGCAAGGGCACUAAAGGAAGUAUGGAACAUAGCAGCGGUACUUCCAUUGGAAAAAGGAGUAACCGGCGGAUUGUGUGGUAAAGGAAAUAAUUCUGGUCAUUGGAACCGUAACUGUAGCGGAGAACUCGCCGCCGGAGAUCCUCUCCUCACUGCCUGUACACAAGAGCUCCUUGCCAAGGGUAGUGAACUCCUCAAAAGAACCCGCAAAGGUGAUCUUCACUGGAAAGUUGUAUCUGUUUAUAUGAAUAGGACGGGCCAGGUGAUUUUGAAGAUGAAAAGCAAGCAUGUGGCUGGGACAUUUACUAAGAAGAAAAGAAUGUGGUUUUGGAGGUGUGUAGGGGCAUGCCGGCAUGGCCGGGGAGGCCACUAUUCGACGGCGGAGAGCAGCGUCGCUACUUUGGAUUGAAGACCGAAAUAAGGGGAACCGUGGAGUUCGAAUGCAGGAGUCAAAGGGAAUACGAAAUGUGGACUGAAGGUGUAUCAAAGCUUCUCUCCAUCGCUGCUGAAAGAAAUCAUAAGAGCCAAAGCUCAACUACAUGGCAUCAUGGCGGCGGCAAGAGUUGGGACUAAUUCGCUUAUUUCUCUCCACUCAAACCUCCAUUUGCUUGUAGUUGUAGGUGCUCAAUGCAAACCAAUGGGCAAAUAUCUAAUUAUGCCAU